CAGGAAGGCUUCCCUGUUGCACCAACCUAGUCUGCCUACCAUUCCUGAGGCUAUUGCAGCGAUGACUCAAGAGGAGGUGCGCCUAUCCCUUGAGCAUGCAGCCAUGAAGGUUGUGCCAGCUUCGACAUUUGCAGUCACUAAGCGCAUGGAGUGGGGAGAUCCCACCAAAUGUCAUAUCUGUGGGGAGGUAGGUCACUGGAAGAGAGAAUGUCCAACUCGUGGCAAAGGCAGGGGAUAUAACAGAGGGGGAGCAGGCAGAGGUAGAAGUGCUCGAGGCAGAGGUGGAUACUCAGAGACCUCAUGGAGCCAGGCUUCUAGAGGUAGAGGUGGCUACUCAGGACACUCAGGGGGUCAGCGGGCUCACAUGGCCGUUGCAGGAGACACUGGGACGUCCAAAGGCAAAGAUGUAGAUGAUGUUGCCUAUGGAGACUUUGCUCACUGGGCCUCCACUGAUGAAGGAGCGACAGACGAGCCAGACGGUUGGGACUGGCACCAGGCGUAGGGGGCUCUGGUACAUGGACCAGGAGGUGCAGCCGGACUUGGUGUGUGCUGUGACCAUGGAGGAUAAGGAGAAGCAGGCGAUGAUCCAUCAUUGUAGGAUGGGGCAUGUAUCUUUUGAUAAGAUGAGUAGAAUAUUUCCGGAUGUUAUGUGUGGCAUAGGCAAAGGCAAGCUGA